CCAAGGCCACCAGCGCGACUUUGCCUGCCGUCCGCGAUCGGGGCACUAGGCGAAGGAGGAAUCUGUGACGAUUCCCUUUUGUUCUUGCCUCCGAAUGAAAAUUUGAAGAAACGACUCUUACGCUUCUCUUUGCCAGGCUUCAACAUCGGCUCUGCGAGAUCUAGCGCGUGAUGUUGACGACUUGGUUUCGCGUCGUAAUCACCUACGGGAUUGAAAUCGGGCAAGGGCGGCAUCGGCUCGAAGCCCGGAGCUCGAGGCCCAGUGUGAAAGCGGCGCUCCGAGGGGAGAGGUGGAACCUGCUUGAGCGAGUUGGCCAGGGGAUGUUCAAGGAUUUGUUGCGGAUUUCUCGAUCCGCUCUGAAUCACGUUGAAGGAAGGCAGCGGCGCGUUUUCCUUCUUCGGAGAUUCGCGUCUAGGAUUGCGUGGCGGCCUGCUUGGCUGACCCAGCGGUGUCGCAGCGCCGGAGCCUCGACCAGUCUGCAUGCUCGAACGGCUCGGAGGGUCUGUUUGAGAGGCCGAGGUGGAGCCCGAAAACACCCCAGCCGAAGCACCUUCGUUGUUGGCAUACGUCGAAAAGCCGGACGGAUAGCGAGCAUCAGACAGGCCAGGCUGAUUGAUGCCCUGACGUGAAUUCGCUGCUGGUAGUGCGGGAACAUCCUUACGGCUGGUCCUAGAAGAGGCCAUGCUGGCUGCCUCUGCAGCAUCAACCCCAGGAACAUCGUCAUUUGCCCCUCGUUGAGACGCUCCUCCACGAGAAGAUGUACGCUUUGGCGGCGCUCUACGUACGUACGAUUGAGA